AUGGAGAUUGAAAACAAGACAUCCAAGGACAAAGAAUAUCAGAAAUCGCCGAUAGACACGGCAGGGCAGCAGACCUCAAAUCACAGAACUCAGCGGCCGGUUUCUCUAUACGAUGUGGUUGCAGGGAGAGUAGGGCAGAAUGGAUUUCUGACCGAGGAACAAAGCCGAUCUCAGAAUGUUCUGCCACUGGCGCCAGAGGAUGUCUUGCUGCGCAGUACGCGAAUUCCAGCGCAACGCAUUCUUGAUUCCUACGACGCAGUAGGCGAUCUUCCCAGCAGUGAGAAAUUGCCAGACUCCGAAUUGCUGAAAGCGGUGCAUGCCUAUGCGUCAGACUUUUACAGCUGCGCCACGCGGGAGAGGAGUAGAUAUGACUAUCAUUCUCUCGACGAGACGGCCCUCAUUGCGGUAGGCAUUCUUUUGGAGGAAGCAGUAAGGGGUGCCUUAGGUGAGAACGGAGACAUGGUGUUCGUGGAACCAGAAGGCUUGGAGCAAGGCUUGGAAGAAAGUAAAAUGGUCCAGCAUCAGGUGCAAGGCAGGGUGAAAAGGCCGGCAAGGCCGAAGAGCACAUCGGACGAAGACAGUGCUGAGGAUGAUGAAUCGCCCAUGAAACGACGGAGACAGUGA